UUCUCUUCCAACACAAACACAACAAAACAACACCAAAAACCAAACAUUCUUAUUUCUUCAUUCCAAAACCUCUAAGAAUGAGUGUAGAAAUUUUAGAUAGUGGUACAAUCAUCAACUUUGUAGAAGAUGAAGAGGCAUUCAACAGGACGGUUAAAGACCGUUUCGCCGACCUCGACACCAACCAUGACGGAGUCCUUUCGUAUUCAGAGAUGCUUAUGGAGCUUCGAAGCCUACGAGUCUUCGAAACUCAUUUCGGAAUCGAUGUUAAGGUGGAGGCAGAGGAGCUUGCUACCACUUAUGGAGCACUCUUCCUACAUUUUGACCAUGAUCAUAAUGGAGCAGUUGAUAUACAAGAGUUUAAGGCUGAGACUAAGAGAAUGAUGCUUGCUGUAGCAAAUGGUCUUGGGUUUUUACCUGUUCAAAUGGUGCUUGAAAAAGAUAGUCUCCUCAAGAAAGCUGUUGAGUGGGAGUUUGCCAACUUAAUCUAAGAUACUAUAUAAAAAGAUGUUCUCUAAUUUUAAAGAUAUCUAUAUUGUUAAUUUGUUAUAGAGCCUUUUUUUUAACCUGUACUUUGGAGAAUUUUGUGUUUGAGGCAAAAAUGUAAGUUGAUGUGAUGCAUAUUGUUAUACUAUAAGCAUCACAUGAUUUAUACAGUUGAAAUAUUAAGUUUGUAUUAAUUGAAUGAUAAUAUUAACUUCUUUGUUUUAAGUUCA